AUGUCCAAAGUGCUGCUGGCUCUCUUUGCCUUUCUCUCUGUGGUGUCUGCCCAGUAUCAGCCAACCUGGGAGUCACUGGACUCACGACCCCUCCCCUUGUGGUAUGAUGAGGCCAAGUUUGGUAUUUUCAUGCAUUGGGGGGUAUACUCAGUGCCAAGUUUUGGAACAGAAUGGUUCUGGUACUACUGGAAGACUGGAAACCCUGCAUUUGUGGAGUUCAUGAAAAAGAAUUACCCGCCAAACGUUCAAUAUGCUGAUUUUGCUCCAAUGUUUAGGGCAGAAUUUUUUGACCCAAAUGUUUGGGCCGAGUUGCUAGCUAUGUCUGGGGCAAGGUAUAAAUAAAAUUAUAAUAAUUAAAUUUUUUCUGUUACAGCCUCAAGGUAUAUAAAUAAUGUUAUGUUUCUCGAAUAUUUCUGAACAGCCACAGCUCAGGAGCCUAGCUAAUCACCUAGAAAAUUUACUGCUAUACAGUCACGUUUUUUUGGCUUGUUUUCACAUUAGAGUUUUUAUUAGUACACUUUGCACCCAGAAAUCAGAAAAUUUGUCAGCAGUAAAAAAUACUGACAGGAUUAAAUGGUAUUUUGGGAAAAGUAUGUCUGCCUGCAGAGUAAAGGUUACUUUUUUGUGGGAAAGUAAUCUGAGGUUUGUAUGAUAUAUUAAACUGACCCAUGAUUGAAAAUGCCAUGACACGAGCCUAUUAUGGGAUGUGCAAUUGCUCUGGGUUCUAUAAACUCCUGUGCUGUGUGUAAGUACAUUUAUGUAUAAUCCAAACACUGAUUAAUUUUGCUAAAAAUACUUACAGUAGAUGGAGUGGUGUAUUUCAUUGAUUAAGAAUCUAGCAGGGGUGUAGCCAGCCCAUAGACCAGUAGACCUAGGCCUACCAAUGUUUGGUUUGAUCACUCUAUCACUUGUAAUAAAUCAUGCACUGUUGGGGUGAGCUAAAGCGCUUAAGAGCUCACACAAAAAAAAUCACUCUUUUUGAGUGUCAAUGUAUUUAGCACGAAAGUACUAAUUGUGGACACUAUUUUUACGUCUCCUAAUGGAGACAGGACCGCCAUUUUACGUGGUCAUCCGAGCCAUGCGAAGGUCUAGCCAUUUGAAGGACAAAGGAAGUACCUUCAUUUCUCAGUUAUUUUAAGACCCUGAGUCUUGAUCCGGCCCCGGGAAUCGAACCCGCGACCUCCCGUUCUGCGGUCAAGCGCUCUACCAACUGAGCUAAGUUUAGGUGAGGUUAGUGCGAGCUAGUCUUCCGUGCAAUCAAAAGAAUUAUAAACAAGCUUUGGUCAGGAUGUGGAAAUGAAAUUCUGAUCUACAGUCAGCCAGGCCUACAACAAGUUGAAAAGCUAGUUAUACCCCUGUCUAGUGCCUCGAGGAUCAGAAAUACAUUUGAUAUGCCCAAAACAGCAGUUGUAGUUGGUAUUUUAUUUCAGACCAUGCACCAAUUCUAUACAAGGUCUGACCAUUUCCAUCUAUUUCCUGCUUGAUCAUUAUGUAGGUAUGUAGUUUUGACCAGUAAACAUCAUGAAGGUUGGACAAACUGGAGGUCUAAUGUCUCAUGGAAUUGGAACUCUGUUGAUAAUGGACCCCACAGGGAUCUUGUGGGUAAGGAUCCUUUUUUAGAAGCAUAUUAGUCUUCAAUUAUUGUGGAGCGGUGAUCUGACUUGAAAGCAAUUAUUUUCCUUGGGUUGGGUGGGGGUUCAGGAUUCAGAAAUAGGGUCAGGAUUUGGAGAAAUGGGCUGCACAUCUACACCAAGAAUUCACAGGAGUACACCCCACCCUCCCCUUUGGGAUAUUCUCACUUUUUGAAAAACUCAAACAUAUUUCCAGCCUUAAUUGGGAUUAUAAACGAAGCAGUUGACACUAUUUCUUUUCUUUGACAGGUGAUCUUGCCCAAGCAAUCCGUAAGAACACAAACAUCACGUUUGGAUUGUACCACUCGCUGUUUGAAUGCUUUAAUCCCAUCUACUUAAAGGACCAAGCAAAUAAUUACAUGACUCAAGAUUAUGUUAAGGUGUCAGCUAUUAUUUGCAUUCUCUUCCUAUCCACAGACUAAUUUAAAGUUCAACUUCAUACGUUUUUUUAUUAUAAGUUUGGUUUUUAGAGAAUUCUUCUCUCCUUUCAUUUUUCAAAAUCCUUUGGUGAUGGGAUAGUUUGGUUCCUGUAAAACCACAUGCUAAGAAACAGGCAUUCCCGGGUAGGGCUGGGGUACUUCUAAAAAUUUUAUAUGGGGAGGCUCCGCCGCAAGGUCCAACCCUUACCCUUUUACCUACCGGUUUUGACAGAAAAGCGGGUACCCCUUUCCUAUAAUUUUAAUUGACAAAUGGUACCCUUUCACGUACUAGCUUAUAAGUAAGAAGUAAAACCCUGCAUCCCUUUUAACUGCUCUAAAUGCGCCGACUAUUAAAUAUAAAUGGAUCACACUAAACCAGGAAGUUUCUUGCCUUUUUUACAGCCAUAAAAUCAAAACACAAAAAUAUUGUCUCAACUUUUUCAAAGCAAUAAAAUGCACCUGUUAGCCCUUUUAAGUCCUAUCACAGUCUUCCCUAGAUUUCCCUACAGGUUUCCCUACCAAAUCAUAUACUUCAACUAGUGAAAUCCCCACCCUUUUAUAUACCUGAGGCCUGAAAAAGAUACCCCUUUUGGGUGGAGCCUCCCCAUAUAGGCCAUUAUAGGGAGUACUUCCCCUGGCAGUCAUCACAAUUCAGAUUUGUGACAGUCUAUUUAUUUUAGGAAGUGCUUCUUCCUGAGUUGUCUGACUUGGUCAACACUUACAAGCCAGAGUAUAUUUGGUCAGAUGGAGCUGUAGGACCAGAUACAUACUGGAUGAGCAGAGAGUUCCUUGCUUGGCUUUACAAUGAAAGGUGAAUCAAAAAAGGUAGCCUGCUUAGCAAGCGUUUCCAAUCUAGUUACUGCGCGAAAGAUGGAACAAGAGCAAAAUAAUGGUAGAAGGGGGACACUCUUGUGAGGCCUAGCCUCCCACGCAGACGUUCGUUUGGCUCGUCACGCAGGGAAGGAGCGCGUGACGAAGCCCUAAGACCGUCCCUGUUAGGGUAAAACUCCAUCAAGCGACAUGGCCUUAAAACAGCUAUGCAAAUUAAAAGGCUGCAAACGGCUCAGAGAUGGGUUGAAGAAACGUCGACGACAAAGACAAGUGCAAAUGCAACAGUAAAAUACCGACAGGAGCAUGGCUUCCUUCCCAAUACGUGAAACAACGGGUUUCUGAGUUCAAACUCGGGACAUACUUAUCCCCCUUAAGAGAAAGAGGGGAUAGUUUCUUUAAUAUAGAAACAGUUGAAGAGAAAUAUUUUUCAGUUCUAAAAUGAACACGAGAGAAAGCAUUUGAAUCAAUUAAUUUUUUGAAAAAUGACAUUUAAAUUAAAAAAAGUUGUUUUUGUCAAAGAACUGUUUGGUUUGGUUGACAACUUUUGCUACUUUUAACAAGUGAUGCUAGAGAAAACAGUGGCUCCAACAAAAGGUAUAUAAACGGCUCCUGUUUUCGUGUGGUAAAUUUUCAGCCCUGUUAAAGAUACGGUGGUGACAAAUGACCGCUGGUGCAGUAAUGGAUGUUCUUGUCAUCAUGGGGGUGUGUAUACGUGCUCUGAUCGGUACAACCCAGGUAGGUCGGCUUAUACAUUUGACACACCUCGUACCAUUUUGACAGUUUUGCGCGGUUAUAUUUAUGGCCUCGUCCACACGUUUUCUCUUGUUUGGCCUUCCGUCCACACGAAUCCGGUGAAAACCGUCACCGAAAACGUAUCUUUUUAAAAAUGCUCUUCAGAGGGAAGAUUUUUGAAAACGAAGCCUUCUCGCCUACCUGUACCAUACGGACGAAAACGACGAUUUUCGAAUACGAUGACGUCAUACAUCAUGUAAAGCAUUACGCAUGCUCCGUAAGGGAUGCUAUAGUGUUUACUUAAUCGUAUUUACAUUGUUUUAGCAUUUUCUUGUGGACGGGCGAAAACGAUUCGAAGACGCUACGUGUGGACGCGUAUUUUUGCGUGAAGAAAAAAAUCUCCGUUUUCAAAAAUAUCUCGAUACGUGUGGACGGAGCCUAAGGCCCUUUCUACAUAUACACGGAUCGGGAUAUUUUUCUCCGUUUUGGAAAAAAUACGCGCCCACACGUAGCGUCUUCGAACCGUUUUCGCCCGUCCACACGAAAAAGCUGAACAAUGGCAAUACGAUAAAAUCCCUUACAGGGCAUGCGCUGUAUGAUGUAUGACAUCAUGUAUUAAUAAUCUCGAUUUUCGUCCGUCUACACUAAAACGAUAAUUGAGCGUUUUCAAAAACCUUGUUUUUGGUUUCCGAAAACACCUUUUGCGUGUGGAAGGAAGGCUAAAACGCAGCAAAAAAUCUCCGUUUUCGAAAAUAUCCGGAUACGUGUGGACGGGGUUUUAGUUAUCCUGACAACUCACACACGUCAGUGGAUUAAACGGCCACGAACAUCUUAAAACGAUCGUAAGGCCUAUGGGCAAGGUUAUUACCAGGUUCAUAUAAUUUAGCCUCUGCAUCUGGAAAAUCCACGGCCUGGUCUUUGUAUGGCCGCAAGUUUCUUUUUAUCAACUAGAAGUUUUAUGUCAAUGCCCCUGUUUUUAUCUGAAGAUUUCUUUUCCAAGUUGUGAAAUUCCUCUGGUUUUCUAGGGAAGCUCAUAAAUCAUAAAUGGGAAAAUGCGAUGACGGUGGACAAGUUGUCUUGGGGCUACAGACGCAAUGCAGAUAUCAUGGAUUAUUUGACGAUCCAAGAACUGUUAUAUCAGCUUGUUUCAACAGUCAGGUAGAACAGUAGGUAGAGGAAUAGACAUUGCCAACUAACAAAACUCACGAACCAAAAAUUGUGGGAAACACUCGUCUGUUUGAAAUUUUCAUUACCAGUUUUUUUUUCUUCGCUCACCUUUUCAUCAGUGCCUUCCCGUAACUUUCCCAAUUCCUGCAAAGGUCAUUUGUAUCGGAACUACUGAACGCUGUCAAAUUAGAUAUACGCUAAAGAAGUAUUAGAAAGGAAGCGGUUACCGUUUGCCGCUUACGGGCCAUUUUAAGGCUUUUCAUCUGUGUGAAAAUUUGCGUGGCGCAAAACCCUUUUAUAGUGAAGGCGCGCGGUGCUGCGAUCACAUUAAGUUGCAACGCUCAGCGUUGGUUCAGAUUCGACUUUCUCAACCGCAAUCUUUUUUUUAGACCAAUAGAACUUUCAUGGUAAUCAUGGUUUGGGCUUGCAAUUAUGCUUGAAAUAAAGAAGAUACCUUCUUCGUAUUUUGAGCUUUAAGUAAAAAUAAAAAUGAUAAUAAUAAAACGUUUCUGUAUUGCUGUUUUAUGCAGUUGCGGUGGAAACCUAUUGAUGAAUGUUGGCCCAACUGCAGAUGGAAGAAUCAUUCCAGCAUUCCAGGAACGACUGCUGCAGAUGGGAGAAUGGUUGUCUGUCAAUGGUGAGGCUAUUUACAGCACAAAGCCCUGGAGAGCUCAGAAUGAUACCAUUAACAAAAACGCGUGGUGAGUUUAGAAUAUUUUACUGUGGUAAAGAUCGGUCCAUUUGGACCUUAAGGUUGAGCAUAGAAAAACGUGCAAUUUGUCUCGGAGUCUCGGAGGGUUCAUACAAAAGACGCAACUUGCACCGCGCAGUGAAAACAAGCAACCUCUUUCUAGCGCGGGAGAGUGCGGGACAACUUCAAACGCUAAGCGUGAAUAGGAGUAGGAAACCCGAAGCGUGUGCCAAGCUAAACGCGGGAAAAUAAAGGGAAAAAAUUAAUCCUCUGUCAAACGGGGUCAAAAGCGCGGGAAGACUGGGAACCUCUGUCACUAUUUUACUGUUACUUAUAGCGCGACUUUUGCUGGAACUUACAGUGCCACUUUAGUUUCCAAGCGAAAAGCACGCAGCUCUUUUGUGAAGGAAGCACUGAAACACGUGAAAAAUAUACAGACGGGUGCCAGGGGAGGUUUAACAGCAAGGAAUACCUUCUCUAUUUUUGUUCUCGAAGACAGGCAGCGUCACGGAGAGCAGUGAUAACAUUUCCGUGCUGGUUUAUAAUGAUCCGAGGAGAUCAAUACAUGGUGACGAUGAUGUUAAUGCUACUGAGAGCAAAGAGAAACCCAAUACCCUUGAAAUCGUCUUGGUGCGUUUAUAUCCCAAAUUAAGGCAAAUAAGUGUGACUAGCUACAUGGCUGCAAAAGUCACGGUCUCUUAACGUCUAAGUCUAUUAACGUCUAAGUCUAUUAACCCUUUCAUCCCUAGGAAUUUCGCCGAAAAUCACGUUUUGAAGCUAGUCGAGCCGUUUUCUGGUCCCUGCCUUGCUAUAAAAAGCGGAAAAUUACCACAAAACCGUUUGCAGGUCGUGCACUUCGUGGCCUUCUGAUCCAGAUUACUGAUCCAGAUGCAAAAUACAGUUCGGAUAUGGGCAGGCAGCAAAAUUUCGAGACUCGCUUUUUCUUUUCGCUUUUCUUGCCGCAUUUUUUCUUUUGCUGGACAUUUAGUAGGCUUCAUUUCAUUGGGAAAAGUUUUUGGGAAAGCUUUUAGGAUCUUAAGAGUAGAUGAACGGAAAGGUAGGUGGGUAGUUGAACAAGAUUUUCAUGGGAAUUGUCGGUUGAAAGUUACAUUUUUUUUGUCUGAUUCUCCAACCUCCUUACCCGAAUCGUGCUCAUUCUGGCAUGCUUUGAAAGAUCUCUUCACCCUGCUCAGGUUAGCUGACAAAGUUGUCCGUGACCGUCAAAACUGAUGACGUCACAAGUGCUAGAAGGGACGUAGAUCCGCACGGGCGGUUCCGGGGCGAAUGGGUUAAGUUAUAAGUGGAUUCGUUUUUCUUGAUCCUUUGUUCCAGCUUUGGCUUCAACUGUUUGCAAAUCUGUUCUUUUUUUCUCAGGUACACGUCAAAACCUGAUGCAGUGUACGCUAUUGCUCUUGAGUGGCCUUCAGAUGAACUUACCCUCGGAGCUCCAAUCAGCACCAGUGGAACUCAAGUUACCAUGCUGGGUUAUGAAGGGGAGUUUAACUGGAAACCAGCGACUGACAAAGGCGGAAUUAUCAUCUCUGUUCCUUGUAUUCCAGCAAAUCAACUUAAGUCCAGAUGGGCCUGGGUUUUUAAGCUUGUAAACGUUCGUUAAAGCCACAACUUGGAUGAAAAAUGCCUGGAUUAAAAGAAACUGAGAACCUUUGUGGAUCGACACAAUAUAAACAGUAAAAUUUUCGUUCUGAUUUUCUAGAUACGCAAAUGAUUUUUGAAUAAAG